UUGCAGCCUAUAAACAAACAGGAUGUGUGACCCUUGUUGUGGACCCUUUGAGUGCUCUCCCAAGUGCUAUAAUGCAGCACAGCUGGAGGCGCUGCCGCAGUGUGCGCCACGCAUACCGCCGCCUUUCCCCAAAUGCAUAACAGUGCAGCAGCCGCCGCGCUUGAUCUGCAAGAAGCGCGUGGUGUUCACCGAGAAGAUUGUGCCGGAGCCGAUGGUGGUGAAUCGCUGCCGGCAAAUCACCAUACCCAAGGUGGUGGAUACGACGCGCGUCAUUAAGGUGCCCAAGCUGGUGUGGGUAUCGCAAAUGGUGCGCGAGCCGCGCGUCAUUUACUAUCCAUCGAUGAUACCGGAUCCGUAUGUGGUCUGCUAUCCGAAGCGUGUCUGCGAGCCGCGUGAGGUCUGCCAGUCGAUACUGUGCCAGCCCAAGCCGCAGACGAUUGAUAUACCCCCGCCUCGCGAGUACUGCUGCUAUCCGAAUGGGCCGAUCAACUACAAGCCGAGCGCCGCCUGCCCGCCCUGCCCCAUCGGGCCGUGUGCGCCAGGCGGUCCCUGCUGUCCAUUGCCCUGCUUUGGCACCAAUCAGUAUCCGGUAUGCGAGACACGCUGCGGACCCUGCGGACCCUGCGGACCAUGCGGACCACGCGGACCAUGUGGCCCCUGCUGAGCUCGCCACAACAAGCCAAAUCGAUUUGCCUGCGCCACACUUGGAGCGCUGUGGCGUGGGUGCAAAAUCUAGACGCUCCAACUGCGCAAUUUACUUCUUCCUCGACUACUUACUACGAUGUGCGUGUACCUAAUCCAUGUUUAGUUUUUAUGUAUGUGUGUGGCAACUGGCAAGCCAAACGACAAUCCAAUCCAAAAUUCAAUUCAAUGUAAACUUAAAUCCGGCGAUUAAAAUCAAAUGCUAUUGGAAUUCAACGACAGACAAUUGUUCUCAGCUUCCCCCCCCCUAAAAUUAUAACAGAACCCAAGAGAACUGACGAACCGGAGGCAACCAACCAACCAAAACUGUCAAGCCCAGGGGCUGUCGCAGUCGCGAGCUGCGUUGCGGCAUUCUCUAUACAACCUGCGACUGCGUUAAGCGCAAUGGACUUCAGGAUAAAUGCCC